AUGUCAAUGAAAGCUGAGUCCGAUGACGCCAACGGAGUCUCUCCAAUGUUGGGUCUCGUUUCCAGUGAUCCUGCUGUGCCCGACAACGGCGCCAGCAGCAUAGAUCUUGAGCGCGACAAACGGCGUGUAGCGGCGUGGCACCAGACAAAUCUCCACAACAUUAUCCUCAACGAGACACGCAAAAUGCAAGUUUCGCGAGAGGAUCACCGACUGAUGCUAAAGCAACUUGUUUCAACGGCGUACCAUAGAGACCCACAUCGCAAGGCAAACAUUGACAAGUGGAAGCGCAUCAUGCUGGCUGUUGAGAUGGAGUACGUCGGCGCCAACGCUCUUUUCAGCCUUGCGCCCGACCCUUAUCAGCAGGUACUGUCCAAGCUCUCGUCGAUGAUGAUAUGGGGAGGGGGGGAGCGCCACUGGGUGUACAACUACUGCACCGAGGAGAUUGUGCAACGCCGCUGCCGUCAGGCAGAAGUUGUGCAGCAGCUCAAACAGUCGGGAAAAUAUUUUUUAAAAGGGUAA